AUGGCGGGCCCAACCAAGAAUCCUGAGAAGCGGCAGGCAUCCCUGACCAGCUUUUUCACCCCAAAGACCGUCAAUGGCCUCUCGCAGUCCCUCCAGAGGAACCGCCAGUCCGAGGAGCAGCAAGGGACGCCGCCUGGGCGCGACCUAGCCGACAGCAGUCCACCUUCUCGCAAGCGCCCUCUCCAGGAAGACACGGAUAAUGGCAACGACGCACCCGAAGAGCCCUCAUUGAAACGUGCGAAGUCGAAAGACCAGGCUGCGGAUCAGAGCACUUUCUUCCGCAAGCCUUCUCCCCCCAGACUCGAAACACCCUCUGCAGCGGUCAAAGCUACUGCCCGAACAGGACGCUACAUUUAUGAUGAGUCGCGUCCAAGCAAUGGCGGAGACGACCGGCAAGACGAUGAUGCGAAGGAAGACGCAGCUUCUCAGCGGCGGAAGGAGGAGUUGCACAAGAAAUUCGUCAAGAAGCUCGGUCACCCGGACAGUAUGGCCAUGAUCAAGCGUCGGAACUUCCAAAUUGAUGAUGACACGGCUGCUCUUGACGAAGAUGCGGAAGGCGCCGACGAUGCCGAAGAAGAGGAGGCAGCCCGGCCUGCCAAAUCAUCCAAGAAGAAGGGUGCCAAGACGGGCAAGCUUACGCCCAUGGAGAUCCAGUUUCUGGAUAUCAAGAGGAAGCACAUGGACACGGUACUCAUUGUAGAGGUUGGCUACAAAUUCAAGUUCUUCGGCGAAGAUGCUCGUAUUGCUGCCAAGGAGCUGAGCAUAGUUUGUAUCCCCGGCAAGUAUCGGUACGACGAGCACCCCUCAGAAGCCCACUUGGACCGAUUCGCCUCUGCGAGCGUUCCAGUACAUCGGCUGCCGGUCCAUGCGAAGCGGCUAGUAGCAGCUGGACACAAGGUCGGAGUCGUUCGCCAGAUUGAGACAGCAGCCCUCAAGAAGGCGGGAGAUAAUCGCAACGCGCCUUUCGUCCGCAAGCUCACAAACGUCUACACAAAGGGUACUUAUGUCGAUGAGCUCGGGGAGCUCGAUCAGUCGCGGGACAAAGAGGGCAGCGGCGGUCCUGCAGGCGGAUACUUGCUCUGCAUUACAGAGUCGAAAGCCAAAGGCUCUGGUACCGACGAGAAGGCAGAUGUGGGCAUAUUGGCCGUUCAGCCAGGUACCGGAGAUAUUGUUUACGACACAUUUGAAGAUGGCUUCAUGCGUCGCGAGAUCGAGACUCGACUUUUGCACAUCUCCCCUUGCGAGUUCCUCAUUGUCGGGGACCUGACGAAGGCCAGCGACAAACUCCUUCAGCACCUUUCUGGCAGCAGUACCAAUGUGUUCGGAGAUCGAACCCGCAUCGAGAGGGUCCCAAAGGGCAAGACCAUGGCCGCCGAGGCCUAUUCGCAUGUGACACAGUUCUAUGCUGGGAAGCUGAAGGACAGCGACGAGCGGGCUUCGGCUCUACUAGAAAAGCUGUCGAGGUUGCAUGAGAACCAGGCAGAUUGGAGGGUUGACAAGCUCGAAGGCCUACUCACAAACAUCAAAACGGACCUUGAGAGAAGUCUCAUUCGUGUCUACUACAACAAGUGCUCCCGGCCAGAGCUCUUGAAUACUUUGCAGAUACUGCAGAAGAUAUCUAUGGAAUACCCAAAGACCAAAAUCAAGACUCCAGAGGAUACCGGCUUCAAGUCUACCCUGCUCAGAGAAGCGGUCUGUUCGAUACCACAGAUUGGCGAAGUGGUGGUCUCAUUCUUGGAAAAGAUCAACCCAGCAGCGGCUCGGGCGGACGACAAGUACAACUUCUUCCUAGAGGCCGAAGAGACGGAUGCCAUCACGGAACACAAGCUCGGCAUCGCGGCUGUGGAGCAAGAGCUGGAUGCGCACCGGUCAGAGGCAGCGACCAAGCUUGGGAAGAAGACUCCGGUCUCUUAUGCCACGGUCGCUGGAAUCGACUACCUGAUUGAAGUUGGCAACACUGACCUGAAGAAGGUGCCCGCCUCGUGGAUGAAGAUCAGUGGCACGAAGAAGGUAUCGCGCUUCCACACCCCUGAUGUUGUCCGCAUGAUCAGUGAACGGGAUCAACACAAGGAGUCGCUGGCAGCCGCAUGCGACGAAGCCUUCAAGUCUCUCCUCUCAUCCAUCGGUGCGCAGUACCAACCCCUACGCGAUGCCGUUUCCGCCCUAGCUACACUCGAUUGCCUCUUCUCGCUCUCCAAAGUAGCAUCCCUUCCAGGCUACACCAAGCCGACCUUCCUACCAUCUUCUACCCCUCCGACCGUCUCCAUCACGGAAGGCCGGCACCCAAUCGCCGAGCACACCCUCCCCAACGGGUACAUCCCCUUCACCACCUCCCUGUCCAGCCCCGAACCCCUCGCCCACCUCAUCACCGGCCCCAACAUGGGCGGCAAGUCCUCCUUCGUCCGCGCCGUCGCCCUGAUGGUGCUUCUCGCCCAGGUCGGCAGCUUCGUACCCGCGGACGCCAUGUCCCUGACCCUGAUGGACAGCAUCCACACCCGCAUGGGUGCCCGGGACAACCUGUUCGCGGGCGAGAGCACCUUCAUGGUCGAGGUGUCCGAGACGGCCUCGAUCCUGCGCUCCGCCACGCCCCGCAGCCUCGUCGUGCUCGACGAGCUCGGCCGCGGCACGAGCACCCACGACGGCGCCGCCAUCGCCCACGCCGUGCUCGACCACGUCGUCCGCGAGACCCGCUGCCUGACCCUCUUCAUCACGCACUACCAGAACCUCGCAAAGGUCUCGCAGGGCAUGGGAGGGCUGGUCAAGAACGUGCACAUGCGCUUCACCGCCACUAAGCCCACAGAAGUGGACGGCGGGGCCGCUGACGGGUCCGACAGCGGGGCUGACGCCGGCCCGGAUGCUGACGAGGAUAUCACGUUCUUGUACGAGGUUGCCGAAGGUGUUGCGCAUCGGUCCUACGGGCUGAACGUCGCGAGGCUGGCCAGGAUCCCGCGGAAGGUGCUGGAGGUGGCGGCCAAGAAAUCGAGGGACUUGGAGGACGAGAUCAAGAUGAGAAGGUUGCGCGGUGCUGUGUCUCUAAUGAGUGAUGUUUUGGGCGGAAAAGGGAACGACCAGGUCCUCGACCAACUGGUAUCUGGCGUAGAACAGCUGUAG